AUGCCUCCUUUUAUUGAUCUUGAGCUAUAUAAGGCUGACAUCAUCAGUCUGUUUCAUCAGGACUGUUCUACAGCUCGUAUUGCCUCUAUUCAUACAAUCAAAACCAGAUUAAGUAGUUGGGAUGUUAGCAAGUAUAAUUAUACAGUUACUAUUGAUUUUUCUUUACAUAACUGGAUCAAGAAGUUAUUCUUUGAGAAAUACCUCUCUGAUACAGAGAAUCUAUAUACUAUACAGACUGAAGGAUACACUCAAAUCUGUACGGAGCAAGGCCUCCUUUUAUUUACUUAUAUAUAUAAUAAAUAUCUUAUUAUUCCAAGAUAUUGGUUAUAUAAUAUUUAUUAUAUAAUUACACCUGAGGCUAUAUAA